AUGACAGAAAAUCCUCCAUUUCAUCCAGUUCUAAUAGUUUAUCAUCACAAACCAUUCGAAAAAGGCAAAGAAUUGGAAGAAGAAGCACAUAAGAACAGUGAAAAUAUAUUAUUCAUUUAUCCACAAAAAUCAGAUCCAGAAAUAACGGAACAAUUACUUUCUGUUUUCAUAUCAUUAGAUACAUACUCUAAUUUAUCAUUAAAUAGCAAUCAUAUCGACUUUUUAUCGCUUCAUGAACAAAAAAUUGCAAUUGAAUAUUAUGCAAGGCCUGACAACUCAUAUACAGUAUUUAUAUUAUGCCUAUCAUCAAGUUACGAAGAUAUCGCAGUUAAAAAUGCUACAAAGCAACUUAUGCGUGGAGUAUUUUUCAUUUUAGGACCAGAAGGCAUUUGCAACUCUCAAUUGAUAUCUAAUGUAUUUGUUGCCGAAGGUGAGAGAAUGAUUAACCUUGUUAUUCCAAAAGAUGGAAAUUCGAUGAACAUUAGUUUUCCUUCUCUUCAUACAGCAGAAAAGCAUCCAUCAAUGCUUCCAACAGGAUUAACAGAACUAUACAUGAUGAAUACAGAUCCUAGAAUUUGGGGAAUCUCAUGCUUUGUUGAUGAGCAGUUAUUAAUCUCAAUGUCUCCUCCAUCCAUCGUCAAAUUAUUCCAAUUUUCAUCACCGAUAUCUCCACAAGAUAAAGUUUAUCUUACAAAAGCAGACAGAGAAAUAAUUUUAAACGAACAAAAUUUCAAAGGAAACAUACCAGAAAAUGACGUGAUCGUUGCAAACCUUAUGCGAUUCGAUAAACGAUCAGUUACAUUUUUUGUUCUGGCAUCUGAAAUUUCAGAAGAUUUGUUACUUAAAGUAUCUGAUACAAUAAACAACAAAACGAUACCACACAUUACUAGUAUGCAGCCUAAGCGCUCCAAUUAUCCAAAUAGUUUGCUUAUGUACGAUAGAGAUAUGAUGGUUGUCCAUUCUGGUCAACUUUCAGCAGAUUCGGAACAAUCGGCCGCAUUUUUGCACUCAAUGUUCAUUGAUGAAAAGCGUCCUGCAAUCGAUGGCCUUGUUGGAAACUUUGACGAAAUUGUUAUCGGUUUUAAUACACAUGGUCUUGAAAACUAUACUACGAUUCCCAAUGAUAACGAAUGUACUUUCGAAGAACUGUACUCUACAGCUAUUCACCAGUCUCCUCAGUUAUCCAGAUAUCUCUCUAAUAUCAAACAAUAG